CCAAGAUGGCCGCGCCCAUGUGCCGCUGAGGACCGCAGCAGGCGCCACUACCGUUUCUUAUUCUGAGAGCCCAAGGAAGCGGACAGCGCGGCUUUGGGAGACGGAGGUUGCGCAGCAGAGCGGCGCGACAGAGGGCGCUUCGGCCUCGAAGGCGGAUCAGGUUGCAGCGCUGAGACCACUGCUCACCAACUGCAGAUUCCAGCUCACCUGCACCUGAGCUUCCUGGUCUACAGAAGAGCCAGUCUGAGGCCUCGGAAGUCUGGAGGUACGCCGUCUUCUGGUUCUGCUACCUCGUUAUGGUGCUGCUGUCAUUGGACCUGAGGGCAAGCUCCUUGCGGAGACUCCUUUUGAAACUGCAGAGCAGGGAAGAACAGGCCGUUGAAUGGACCUCCUGGGAAAGGAGGAAGUCAGGAGCCAGGAAUGCGGUGGAGGCGGGCCAGCGAAGGGCAGCGUGUGCAGUGCAGGGUGCCAAGAUCUCCGCCCUUUGUCCAGGGCAGACCGAGAUGGCCACGGCCCAGGAAUUGUUGACCUUCAGGGAUGUGUGUGUGGACUUCACCCUGGAGGAGUGGCAGCAACUGGACUCGGCUCAGAAGAACCUCUACAGGGAUGUCAUGCUGGAGAACUACAGCCACCUGGUGUCCGUGGGAUACCUAGGUGCCAAACCAGAUGUGGUCCUCAGAUUGGGACGAGGAGAGGAGGCCGGCAUGACAGAGGGAGAGACGCCAACGUGGAAGUAUCCAGAAUUCUGGCAAGUUGAUGACCAGAUAGACCACCACAAGAAGAGCCAAGACAGACUUCUGUGGCAAACUGCAUUAGUAGACAAGGAAGCACAGAAAGAUCAAAGUGGCCAAGAAUUCACAACCUUCAGAAAAAUCAUUUAUCCAAACACAGACUUUGUUUCGAUAAGACAGAGACUCCCCAAAUAUUAUUCGUGGGGAAGGUGUUCAAAACAUAAUUUAAACUUUCUUUGUCAAAAUAGAAGCUCUAUGAGACAAAAAGAUGAUGAAUAUAAGGUACAUUGGAAAUCAUGCUUCCAUUCUAAUCUUGAUAAAGCUCAAUCAUUUGCAGAGACAUUUUUUGAGCCUAAUGAACAUGGAAAAACCCUCCACCAUAAGCAAGCACUUAAUAAAACUCAAAGAAUUCAAACUAGGGAGAAACUCUAUGAGUGUUCUCAAUGUGGGAAAGUGUUUAUGCAGAAAGCAAACCUCGUGGUACAUCAGAGAACUCACACAGGAGAGAAGCCUUAUGAAUGCUGUGAAUGUACAAAAGCCUUCAGCCAGAAAUCAACCCUCAUUGCACACCAGAGAACUCACACAGGGGAGAAGCCCUACGAAUGCAGUGAAUGUGGGAAAACAUUUAUACAGAAGUCAACUCUGGUUAAACAUAAGCGAACUCACACAGCAGAGAAACCAUUUGUAUGUGGUGAAUGUGCAAAAGCCUUUAAGAGUUCUUAUCACCUUAUUAGACACGAGAAAACACACAUUAGACAAGCAUUUUAUGAAGGAGUCCACUCUGGUAAGUCCAGCCUUAUGCAUCAAAGGACUCUUAAGGGUGAGAAAACUGAGUGUAAUAAACAUGGGAAACCCUUCAAUGAGAAACACAACCCCAUUAAACACCACACAUUUCAUACAAAAGAGAAACCUUAUGAGUGCAGUAAAUGUGGAAAAAGCUUCAGGGGAAAAUCACACCUCUCUGUUCAUCAGAGAAUUCAUACAGGAGAGAAACCUUAUGAGUGCCGCAUAUGUGGGAAGACAUUUAGUGGAAAAUCACACCUCUCUGUCCAUCAUAGAACUCAUACAGGAGAGAAGCCUUAUGAAUGCAGAAGAUGUGGGAAAGCAUUUGGUGAAAAGUCAACCCUUAUUGUACACCACAGAACUCACACAGGAGAGAAACCCUAUAAAUGCAAUGAAUGUGGGAAAGCCUUCAGCGAGAAGUCACCACUGAUAAAACAUGAGAGAAUUCAUACAGGAGAGAGACCCUACAAAUGCAGUGACUGUGAGAAAGCAUUCAGUAGGAAGUCAACUCUAAUUAAACAUCAGAGAAUCCACACAGGAGAAAAACCCUAUGAAUGCAGUGAAUGUGGGAAAGCCUUCAGUGUGAAAUCAACUCUCAUUGUACAUCACAGGACUCAUACAGGAGAGAAACCCUAUGAAUGCAGGGAUUGUGGAAAAGCCUUCAGUGGGAAGUCAACUCUCAUGAAACAUCAGAGAAGUCAUACAGGAGAUAAAACCUAUAAAGAUACUUGAGAAUGAGAUAAUUUAUUAGUCAUGCCUCUUUAGGUAUCCAUUCAUCCUGAGGAGUAACCUUAUAAACAUCAAGAAUGUCAGAAACUCUUAAUAUGUUAUUUAAUCUUCCUUUAGUAUAAUAAAAGGUAUAAAAGCUUAAUUCCAGAAGCAUGUAAUAAAUGUGAAUUUUUUUACCCAGAAUUCUUACCCAUGAGUGGAAAAUUGCACAUCAAAGAAUUCAAAAGUGGCAAAAUUACAGGUGUAUGGAUGUGAGAUGACCUUGAGAAAGAAUUUAAGGGUCAUUGCCUGUCAAGAGUAUUUAAUAAGUUUAGAAAACCAUGUUAGCAAGUAUGAGAGAAACAUGUUCCGUAUUUUUAAAAAGAUUUUAUUUAUUUGAGAGAGUGUGCAUUAGUAAAGGGCAGAAGGAGAAGCAGACUCCCACUGAGCGUGGAGCCAGAUGCAGGUCCCAAUCCCAGGACCCCGAGAUCAUGCCCGGAGCUGAAACCAAGAGUCGGUCACCCAACCAACUGAGCUACCCAGGCACCCCCAUGUUCCAUAUUCUAUACCAAACAUUUUGUGGGAAAGGUGCAGAGGUUGCAAACAAGCACUUAAAUAUAAAAAACAAGGUUUACUGUGGAGUAGAGUCCAUUUUUGAAAGAACAGUAUAGAACAUAAACCAUUAAUCCUAGUUGGGGUAGACUCCCCCUGUUGUUUCUUAAACAAAUAGAAAAAUUGCUCCCUUAAAAAGCAUGAGAGAGGUUGAGUCAUCAGGAUCCCUGAAACAAAGGGGCUAGAAGAGAUCUUACAUGUUCUUCUUCAUCUUAAGUACAAAAAUGCAAAUCUCACACAAAAGGCACACCUCACUUAGAAACAGUGCUAAAAAUUUAAUAUUCUUUGUCUUUUAAGAAAACGUAAUCAAUCAGUUCAUGGUGAGGCAGUAAGAGAGUUUUAAUUUUCAGAGUAUCUCCUGUAACAGCAAUAUUUAAAUUCCAAAACAAAUGAAUUGAAUAUCCUAUAAUAGGCAAUUGAUUAAAAUUUGAUAUAUCUUUAAGGUGGGAUAAUAUAGACCAAUCAAAAUCAUCUUUAUUAUGUUUGAGGAAAUGUUUAUGGCAAUCUGUUAAGUAAAAAACAUUAAAAAACAAUAUACCAUAUGAUUUACAUUAUAAAAAAGUACACAGAAGGCUAUGCACUAUUGUAUCAGUGAUUCUGGGUGGUAGAAAUAUGGCAAAUUUAUGCUGAGUAAAAUUAUAUGCCCAUAUAUAUUUGUAUUUAUAUGUUUUAGAUGUGUUUAUAGGUAGAUACAUAUAUUUGUAUUAUAUUUAUAAAUAUUUUAGGUGUGUGUGUAGGUAGGUGGACAUGUAGAACAAAAAGCUAGGAAGGAAAUAUACCAAAUUAUUAAUCAAAUUAUCAUUUGGGUGUUGGGAUCAUUGAUUUUUAAAUGUUUUGAGUGUAGUCUCCAGAGACUAACAAAUUGUUUAAAGUAAUCCUGUGCAUAUUUAAUUCUGUCUUUCCAUCCAUUUUCCCUUUCAGCUUUGUAUUUGAUAUUGAGAAUAUAUUUUGCAUGUUGAGAAUGGGUAUCCUGAGAUUUUAAUAUCUGUAUGUGAUUUUUUUUCUGUAAGAAUAAAAAUAUCUCCACAGUUCACCAAA